GGAAAAGAUAGGAGCUACUAGAUGUCAUGUCUAAAUAUAAUGCCGAUGAUAUAAUGCAAAGGAUUUGAGGUAUUUUAUGUGAAAGGUAGGUGAAAGGUGAACGCCAUAAACCUAUUGCAAUAUGCUCCCGCACAGCAGGCGGCACUAGUGACCACUAGGGGGGUUAGCUAGUUCCCGAAGUCACGUCGAAGAACAAUACAAUCAGCUGUUCGUUUAUCGGAUCCGCAGAAGAAACCUAACCAAAGCUGUCAUUGUCGACAGGGAGAGGCAAAGACCAGUGAAAUGUCAUUCCUCUUUGAUUGGCUCUACAGAGGCUUUAGUGGUGUGCUACAGUUUUUAGGGUUGUACAAAAAGUCUGGAAAGCUGGUUUUCCUGGGGUUGGAUAAUGCUGGUAAAACAACCCUUCUGCAUAUGCUGAAAGAUGACAGACUUGGACAGCAUGUGCCCACGUUGCAUCCAACAUCGGAAGAGUUGACGAUAGCUGGAAUGACAUUCACCACGUUUGAUCUGGGCGGUCACGUACAAGCUAGAAGAGUGUGGAAGAACUACCUGCCGGCUAUCAAUGGAGUUGUCUUUCUGGUUGACUGUGCUGACCAUGACCGCCUUACAGAAUCCAAGAUCGAACUUGAUGCGCUGUUAGCAGAUGAGACCAUCCUCUCUGUGCCUGUGCUGGUCCUGGGUAACAAGAUAGACCGUCCUGAAGCCAUCAGUGAGGGGGGACUGAGAGAGGCGUUUGUUCUCGAUGGUCAAUGCACUGGAAAGGGCAACGUGUCGUUGAAGGAUCUGCAGGUACGACCUCUGGAGAUUUUCAUGUGCAGUGUCCUGAAGAAGCAGGGCUAUGGAGAUGGCUUCAGGUGGCUGGCACAAUACAUCGACUGAAUAUAGGCAGCGGUUGUUUUGCUAAACGGACUCCAUCUUUCUUUGGGGAAUGAAGAAGAUAAGCUAUCAAAUGAAAUGGCCCUUAUCGUCCAACCCCCCCCGUGUGGAAAGAUGUGAAGCUCCCAAUGGUCAAUAAUCCGCUUUCUGAUUGAGUACAUCUGUCAAUUUCAGCAUUUAAUUGGUCAGUUUUAAAGGUUUCUAUCUAUAACGUCAACCCAUUCUCUGGCAUGUAAUUAGUAUCCAGUUCUAUCCCAACAUAUUUGAUCAUAUCUGCAAUUCAAGCUACAGUACAGGGCAGAUGAUAUGUAACAAUGUAGAACCUUUAUAAGGUAAACUGUGAACUUUUACAUUAUUUCUGACAAAUGAUGGACCAAGUAGUUUUUAAAUGAAAUAGAUUAUAAAUGAUAAGGAUAUUUAUGUGAAUGGUGGCGGUACAAUGCUUGUUGCGUGUACAUAGCAGUCCUACCUAGAAUAACAUGUUCCAUCACUAAGUGGACAUGAAAGAGAAUAGAUAGACUGAGAAUUAUUAUUCCAGCAGACCAAGUUCCAAUGCACCGAAUAGAACAGUGCAAAUGUUAAGGGGCUGAGUCUGUUUCUAUACAUGGGGUGUAUCCCAAAUGGCAGCAUAUUGACUAUAUAGUGCACUACUUCAGAGAACCCAUACUUUCUAUGCCCCCCCCCGGUCAAAAGUAGUGCACGGAAUAGGGUGCCAACCCUGGUCAGAAGUAGUGCACUAAAUAGGGAAUAGGGUUGACAUCUGGUACGCAUCCAGGGGGUUUGAGAUCAAUUGUAAUUGUCCAUGCAGCUAUUGCCUUCAAUGCACUCAGCCAAAGAUGAAUGCAAACUAUUUUGCAAGUGACUUUGGGAUGUUUACAUAUAAUAAACCUGGGGGAGGGGUUAUAGUAGUGAUGUAAAGUUCGUCCUACUACAGUUUAAUGAAUGAAUGGCUAUAGUGCCAUGAUGUGCAGGUACAUUGUAACAGGCCAGAACAAGAGACCGCCAUUGCCAUCAUUCCAUGGUAUGCAGCAAUAAAGUGGAAUGACCAUCACUGGCCACUGCAAUGCUAAUGUUAACAAAAAGGCUAUGCUACUCCACUAACACAGCUCUGGCAGAGGUUUCGUUGAAAAAUAUAGAUAUUGGUCCUUAUUCAAUCAGGUCUAGUUUAAAAAUACAUAUAUUUCGCCCUAUUCGAUCAAGGCUGGUUUAAAAAAAAUAAAAUCCCUCUUGCAUGCUUAGAGUGACGUACUACUCAAGGAAACACCAGAUAGCCUGGGCACCAGUUUGAAUAGGGCUCUUGGACCUUGCCCUGUCCUGGUUGCAGACCUGGGUCAUGUUCAUUAGGCACCAAACGGAUGAAAAUGGACUGAAACGGCACUUGGACAAUGGAAACACUCAUUUUCAGUUGCAAAAUGUUUUCCGUUGCGAGCCCUAAAAUGAACACGUCCCAGAGAUUUCUAGACCUGCUAGUAAAUCUUCUUUGUCAUUCUAAGCCUCUGUCAUUUGCAACAUUUGUUAUUAUCUUGAUGUCAAUUUCAUUUGAAUCUGAAAUGGCCAUCACUGACAUAUUUUAGUUGUUUAUUAUUUAUUAUCAGAAUGAACUAAUGGGAACAGGUACUUCCAGCCAUGUAGGCUAAUACUGCCUUAUAGUUUAAAUAGAGGGGAGUGUUUCGGCAGUCUGAUUCAGCCUUUUGAUGAUCUAAUUGUCACAUUUCCUGUCUGCUGUGUAGGUGAUUUAUUGAAAUGAUUUAUAAUGUCCAUGAUGUGAAGUAUUGGCUGUGUGAUUCAGACAAAUCUAUGGUUGAAAUGCUGCAGGUACUUCUUGACUAUCAGUACAAUGAUAUGAGAGUACAUGUGUAGCUCUGAAUCUCUGGGAAUAACAGCCUUUAUAUCAGCCAGCAUUGGGCUCCGUUCCAUUUAAAUUCAGGAACUAAACUGAUAUUCAAAUUUUUUCUCAAAGCUUUUUAAUGAGGAGAAAUGUAAUUGGAAUUUCAGUUUCCUACCUGAAUUGAAAUGGAACUGACCCCAACGCUGUAUAUCAGUAUUUAACUAUUGACUACCAUUAAUGUUUCUGUAUUCAUUGUAAAUAAUGUAAAAUGGAGAUGGUAUCUUUCUUUGUACAAUUCUUUAUCCUGGAGCUGACAACACACGCAGGCUGUAUCUCAAAUAGCACCCUAUUCCCUACAUAGUGCACUGCUUUUGACCAAAGCCCUAUUGACCCUGGUCCAAUGUAGUGCACUAUAAAGUAUAGGUUGCCAUUUGGCACAUAGACAUUAUUACUGGAUGUACUUAUGAUAACUCAGAUCAUUUUAAUGUGAGAAAUUCCAUAAAUAUUUUUAACAAUCAA